AAACUUCUCGACUUACAAAGCUCUAGAGCGAUAAAAAAGCGAAAAAAUGAUUGAAGCGUACUCUCAAAUAUGGUAUGUAAUGCCUUAUAAGGAAAUGACCGAGCGAGCUAGAAAAACGACAGUUUUUAUGAUUGACUGAAAUGCGUUCUUGACAUCUCUCUCAAUAAGGAUAAAACAGCUUGCCAAAUCACCCUUUUAGCCUUUGUUUGUUGUUAACCGUAUCCAAAAACAUUUAUAAACAAAUAAUUAAAAGUUUAAAACUCAAGCGCUUAUUGGUCCAAUAUAGUCAGCUUUCAAAGGAAGUCAAAUAGUGAGCGAGGUAUUUAUAAAUAUGAAUACUAAAAAAAGUACAUCCGACGACAAUAUCUUUUCUAAUGCAGGAAGAGCACUAAAUUUGAUAGUAAACAGUUUCAGAACAGUAAAUCAAUGGAAAUUUAAUUUUCGAGGGUUAAUUAUUGGCUUGGAACGGAUUUCAACGCAGAGUAGGAAUGUUUUGUUUGCUUGACAAAUUAUAAAUGAAUAGAAAUUUUUAAUCAACCGUUAAAGAGGUAUUAACUACUCUAGUUUUUAAUGUUGUUCUGGUCGCGGGUGAACGCCGAGAGAAGAAGAUUUAGCCUGUAUUACAACUACGAUACCGGAAUGAGCGAGACGGGUUCUUGCUGCUCAUGUCUAUCUUCCAGUGGUGCGGACACACCUACUGCACGGGUACAGCUCUAUGUACCAAGCAGAGUGAAAUUCCACAGCUUUCCCGGCGAGCUGAAGACAUGUGCUGAUGAUCCGGAAAUCAGUCAAAGGCUUAGCCAAGGAUUAUCGCCAACUGAACAACUCUCUGCGAUUUGUCGGUUUGCCAGUAGACACAAUUACACCGUACAGGCCAAAGGUACCGGGUCGAGCAUGUCACGCAUCUGCAGCGAGUGUGAUAUCCUUAUAGAUAUGACGUCACUCGACAAAAUAGUCACACCACGGCCGGCUGUACGAGAAGAAAACUUAUCGAAAGAUUAUGUUGACAUCGAAGUCGAGGCUGGCAUGCGAUUGAAGGAUUUUGUUGAAACACUGGAUAAACACUACGGACUUGCACUUCCGGUAUUGGGUAGUAACGCUGGUCAAACCGUUGCGGGCGCAGCUAUGGUGUCAUCACAUGGAUCUGGACUCGGUGCGGCGUCACUGGCUGCGUCUGUCGUCGGCGUUCACUUGAUUACGUCCAGCGGUAUCCAAGUCAAACUCAGCCUCGGUUCCGAGUCUUUGCUAGAUUGCAAGCAAAAAUUAAUUCACGGACAACAAGACGGGAAUCCUGUGGACAUGACCAGUACACACAUGCUUCGCGCCGCGAUCGUAGGACUUGGCGCUAUGGGUAUCAUAUACACGCUGACGUAUCGAUGUAUACCGGUCUAUAAUCUGAGGGAGGAGCGGUCGGUUUUGAGGGUUCCUUGUCGGGAUAAGAGCACGUUUAGCGUCACUAAUCAGCUUGCACGUGAUUUCACUUCGCACGAGUUCUUUUCUAUUCUACUCAAUCCUUAUCCGCAGCCUCAGGGGUUCCUUUAUGCGUCAGUCCUGAAGUCCCGCCCCACGCCCUUCAACCCCACUUGCUGUCAGUGCUGCACGUGUUGGUGCGGAUCAGGUGGGCGGGGCUGCGCGGACUGUGAUAUGUGUCAAUCAUCCUGCUGCUUGACGUGUUUCCAGUGCAUCACUCAAUGCUGUCCCGCGCGGUCGCGGGAUAUUAUCAACUAUGGGCUGACGUAUUUCAGUCUCAAGAAACCGUUUAUUCACAAGUGGUACAACGUGCUGCAAUUAACCAAGGGAACCAACAGUGUCCGCUCUGCCGAGUGGUCACUUCCCCUUAGCAGGCUCGACGAAGCCCUUUAUGACGUCAUCGAUACCAUAAAGCAGCUCGGUCUCCGAAAUAAUGAGUACACGGCGUUGCCUUUACACAUUCGCAUCGCUAAGACAGACGACUUGAUGCUAAGCCCGGCGAACAGAAAGUUCCAGAGCGGAGAGUCACAACAUUGCGCGUACAUCGAGGUACCGGUUUUAGCUGGCUGUAAGCACACCGAUGACCUGUAUGGAGCCAUCGAAUCAACCCUGACAACACGCUACCAUGCUCGACCGCAUUGGGGAAAGUACCAUUCCCUCACGGCCGACAGCAUCCGGGAUUUAUAUCCACAGCUUGACGACUGGAAGCAAGUAUACCGCCUGCUCAACUCAGACGGGAUCUUUAGUAGUGACUUCACCGAUAAAAUGGGUUUUCAUUUGGUGCUCGAGUCGGAGCCUGGGCCUAGCGGCGAAAAUUUGAACAAUGAUAACCACGUGAUAACUGUGCAGCCCGCGCAAUAACCUGAUAAUGACCAGCGGUGGACAUGAAUUCAGCUCUAGAAAAUAAAUGAGUGGACUUAAAAAGCACACUAGCAUAUAAUUCCCAUUAGCUUUUGUGGAUGCAAAACUGAGUAUUGGUAUUAUUUUGAUAGAAUAAAUAAAGAAAUAUUUAGGAUAUUGGUACUCUGA